UACAGAGAGUUAAGCUAGCUGCACCUAGAAAUCCCCAUUCAGAAGUCGGAAUUCACCGAGGACAAGCCUGUCCUUUUCUCAUCGCCAAUGUUUGAAAGGAACUAUUCUAAACGUUCCAUCUUCCUUCCCUUCUGGGAUUUCUGCUUUUGUCGUCGAUAGAGUAGAGCUCAAUUGAAUUGUUCUUCUACCUCGUACUGCCCAGUUGAUUGCCUCCCUUCAAGCAAGAUUUUUUCCGCCAUGUGGUGGAGAUGCAUGAAUCGGCACAAAAAGUUACUAGUGUGGAGUAGCAACUUCUUGAUCCAGCAACCAUGUGCAGCGAAGAACGUAUCGGCUUCUGAAACGCCAUGCCGUUAUUUCUUCACGCGCCGCACCAUUGCACGGACGGAAUUGGGUAAAAUUGGAUGGUUCAAAAGAAUAGAUGAAAUUACCAAAAAUUUUUGCACAAAUCAAGGGUGGAUCAAUCCCCCAGCUGCUGGAGUUGUUGAGGUUCCAUUAGCACAAACAGGAGAAGGAAUUGCUGAGUGUGAGCUGCUAAAGUGGUUUGUGAGAGAGGGUGAUUAUGUUGAAGAAUUUCAACAACUUUGUGAAGUUCAAAGUGACAAAGCGACUAUAGAAAUUACUAGUCGAUACAAGGGGAAGGUUAUUGACAUUCUGUUCCAACCAGGUGACAUUGUGAAGGUAGGAGAAACCCUUCUGAAAAUAUUGGUGGAGGAAAAAGAAGCUCAGGGCCCCAGCUUGAACAUGUCAGAUAAUAGUAUACUUGAAGCUAGCGAGAUUAAUGUACCUGAUUCACAGUUAAACAAGGGGGAAGUAGGUGGAGUGCUUUCUACACCAUCAGUACGUUACCUUGCUAAGCAAUAUGGUCUAAAUAUAAAUGAAAUUUGUGGUACUGGCAAAGACGGGAGAGUAAUGAAAGAAGACAUCCUGAAGUUUGCAGCUGGUAAAGGAGCCAUAGAUGAGUCAUUAGACUCCCAGGUUAGUUCUGGACACUGUCAUGACAAAAUUGAGCCUUAUGUGGAAAUAGGAGAUAGCAGUUACGAAGAUAAAACCAUCCCCUUGAGGGGAUUUUCGAGAGCAAUGGUCAAAACUAUGAGUAUGGCAGCAAAAGUACCACACUUUUACUAUCUUGAAGAGGUGUUUUGUAACGCCAUGGUGAAACUUAAAGCUUUAUUCCAAAAGGAGAAUGCUGAUACAAACAUAAAACACACUUACUUGCCAUUCCUAAUCAAGUCACUUUCAGUGGCAUUGUCCAAGUAUCCCAUAUUGAAUAGCACCUUCAACGAGGAGGUGAACGAGCUUGUCUAUAAAGGAUGCCACAAUAUAGGAGUUGCAAUGGCUACACCAACUGGCCUUGUUGUCCCAAAUAUAAAGAAGGUCCAAUCGCUUUCUAUAUUGGAGAUAACAAAGGAACUGUCACGGCUGCAGCAGCUGGCAUUCCAUAACAAGUUGUCCUCUGAUGAUAUUUCUGGUGGAACCAUCACCUUGAGCAACAUUGGAGCAGUUGGUGGCAAGUUUGGCUGCCCGCUCCUCAAUUUGCCGGAGGUUGCUAUCAUUGCUAUUGGGCGGAUUCAUAAACUUCCUAGAUUUGCUGAAGAUGGAACAGUAUACCCUGCAUCUGUCAUGAAUGUUUCCAUCGGAGCUGAUCACCGAGUGGUGGAUGGUGCAACCAUCUCCAGGUUCUGCAAUGAAUGGAAGCAUUUGAUUGAGAAGCCAGAGUUGAUGCUACUGCAUGUGAGGUGAUCAGUAUUAUUACCAUGUAACGCAACUGUUCUGUUGCGUGCCAUCCGAAAUAAUUUCUAUAAUGGGGUUUCUCA